AUGUUCACACUGAACUUCUCCUUCCUGGUAAAUGAGAGCAUUGCCAAACUAAGGAACGUCACUGGAUGUGUGGUGAUGGCGGCAGUUAUGCAUUACGCUAUGUUGGCCACUUUUACCUGGUUUUUCAUGGAGGCUCUACACUUGUACUUUAAUCUAUGCAAGAUCCCUUCUGAAAUCAAACAUUACAUGAUGAAGAUUUGCAUCUCAGGAUGGGUCACACCGGCUAUAGUGGUGAUCGCCCUUCUUGCUUUGGGAAAAUAUGAUUACAUUGUCAUUAAUGCCAAUGAUGACAAUUCAGCAAAAAUGUGCUGGAUCUCUGAUGCUGAUGUCCACCGGGGGGUUAACGUCGGUUAUUAUGCCGUAGUGUUCAGCUUUACCUUUAUCAUAUUCAUCGUAACUGUGCUGCAGAUUGUUAACUUGAAGAAAACAGCAGAGAAAGCCAACAACACCAGCUCCAUCAAGACAAACUCUUUCUCCAUCAUAGGCCUGUUGCUCCUGCUUGGCAUCACCUGGGCCUUUGCUUUCUUCAGCUAUGGACCUCUGCUCAUACCCUCCUAUUACAUCUUCACCAUCCUCAACUCCUUUCAAGGUUUCUUCCUGUUCAUCUACUACUACAAUUCCAGCAAGAUUGUUGGAGAGAAGAGAACACUCAGCAGUAGCAGCACACCUGGAACAAACACAACUGUGACAUCUCCUUAUCAAUGAAGUGUUUGUAGUGUACUUGCUUUUCAAAUGGGGACAGAAAGUUAUCUAUUUUUGACACAAGAGGGCAGCAUUUCAUUUCAUGUCAAGUAGUAGUAGUUAAGUAGGUUUCUCAUUCUCCCUGACUCUCCCGCCCUCCUGUUAUGAAAUGCCUUGUGUUCCUGACUGAAUGACUACCUUAACCUGAAAUGGCUAAUCUGGAUUACCUUCAUUGAGAAAAUUACUCAAAUGAGUUGAGCACUGGCAGGGGAGAUGGAGUAAUCUGGUGGAAGUAAUUAGUGUCAGUGGCUCUGUGUUUCAACAGAAGCCCCAUCUGAGUCACUGUGAAACUUUGCAGAGAAGGUUAUGAUUCAUUCAGAAUAUAUCAUAGAGAUCCUAAUUCAAAGCUUCAGUCAUACACUGGAAUGCAGACUGCAAAUGUUUAUGAAGGAAAAUAUGAGCGUUUUAUGACUGAUGUGGUUGUCAAAUGGACUGAAGAUGGUUAAGCGCAGGAAAAACAAGGUGAAGGGAAGACUUGUUCCUCACAUACUUUGCAGUGUUGGGGGCUGAGCUAGCCAGCUAGCUCUUUGCGUGCCUGCAGAUAAUUACUUUGUGCCUACAGAGAGCAAUAUCCACUGUGCGGGGAGUCUUAACUGGCCUUACAAGAAAUGAGCUCAUGGCUACCUUUAGUGAUAAGCGGCCUGAGGGCAUGCCAUUAUGAUACUGAAAUAUGACUGUAUUUAACAAGCAUUUAUACCAUUUAAUAUAAGUCUAAGUCUGUAAGUCUAUCUUGGUAAGCAGCGUUAUGUUAUUGAUAAGGAGUCAUUGGGAAUUGUGUAUUGUGUGUUGUUAUCCAUUAAUUUGUAUAUUUUUUCUCUAUACCUGAUUCAAUUAAGAACUAAUGUAUUCAAUAUUCUUUUUAGAUUUAGAGUUGAUAACAGAUUAAAUCUUAAAACAUUAACCAUGUUAUAUAAUCUUUGGAUCUAUAGAUAUCUGCCUUCUUUGCUAGUUUAUUUUUUUCUUCAUUUUGUUUUAUUUUACUAGCCUUACAGGGAACACAGUCUCCUCUUUUAUUUACUUAUUUGUGAUCACAGGGGCUUGUUAAGGUUGACUUUGAUGAAAUGUGGUAAGGUGUGUUCCUUGAUUCAGCAUCUCGAGACAAGACAUGACAUUAAUUUACAUGUGUAGUUGCUUUUGUGAAUGAAACUGCAGUAAUAAAGUGUAAUAUGUUUAUGGUA